CACUGACAACCUUACCUCAACUAUUUGACGAACUCCAUUCAUCACUGGGUUGCUGGGGAGCUACUUCAACACCCCCAACACGCGAUAUAUUUUAAAGUCAAAACUCUGCCUUACACCAUCAAGGUUGAUUUCAAGAGCUUUUCUCAGCUUCCUCUCUCAUUAAUCAUUUACUCCUCAUCAAGCCGCUGUAAUGUCUCGAGGAGGUACUACUCUCUACGUGACUGGCUUUAGCCAUGGCACGCGUGCUCGCGACCUCGCCUACGAAUUCGAACGCUAUGGCCGUCUCGUCCGUUGUGACAUUCCAGCCCCUCGCUCUGCGAGCAGCAGACUGUUCGCUUUUGUGGAGUAUGAGGAUCGUCGUGACGCUGAUGAUGCGUACCACGAGAUGCAUAACAAGCGUAUCGGCCGGGACGAUCUUCUGAAGAUUGAGUGGGCCCGCACUCCUCCGUCCGCGUCUUGGCGCUUUGACAGUGGUCGUGACCGCGACAGCAGGCGUGACCGCGGAGGCCGAUCUCCUCGUCGCGGCCGUUCGCCUUCACCUCGCCGCAGCACACGCGACUAUUCUCCCAGGAAGGACGACCGUCGUGACCGAGACCGCGAUCGCGACUACGACCGUGAACGCCGUGAUACCCGCGACCGUUCUCGUUCUCCGGAUCCUCGGUACAAAUCCCCGUCUAGCUCACCUAAGGUUCCUGUCAAGUCGGAGCUUACACCCUUGCCUAGUGACCGCGAUCGUGACGACCGAGACGACCGCGACCGCCGUGAUAACGGUACUAACGGUGAUGAUCGUAAAGCUGUUGACAGUCCUCCUCCCCAACACGAUGACUUGGACGUUGCUGAGUAAUAAGUAUACCUGGUUAUCUUACCUCUUCAGCAGUGGGUUGCAUCCGCAACGUGUGAAAUAGACAUCUCCUUUGUUGCACGGGUGUUUGGCUUUGCGUUUUUACACUGGCUUUCGCUCAUAUUCUAGUUCCGAUUCAAUCGACAGGCCCAUGAUCCUGUGUACAACUGGCGGAGAGGCUGAAUUCCGAGACGAUGCAUUUGAUACUACCGAGAAGAUUUAGGUUCCCUCGAGAGGAACGAUAAUCAUUAGGUCAAGGCGGUUAGGUAGUAACGGGUGCGCCUAGUGGGACAUGUUCCUAAUCAAUUAGUUUAGAGCAAAUUUACUUUGAUCCUGCGCAUCAAUAGUGAAAAAACGAGCUUCGUUAGUUUUUGCAGAUUUGUGUUGUUAAUGAUAAUCUACGUAUGCUGGAAGGUCAUCAGAGUUAGUUCCAGCAGCUAUACAGGUCAACUGGCCGUGUUUGAUGCUAAG